AUGUGUAAAAGUGCCACUCAGGCUGAGUACACGUCUGAAGACGAGCGUCUGCAAGCGGCUCAGAAAAGUUUCCAGCAGAUGGUGACUUACUUUGGGCUCAAACCCAAGUCUGGAGAGAAGGAGGUUUCUCCGAACUACAUCUUCAUGCUGUGGUACGAGUUCUGCAGCGAUUUCAAGAACACGUGGAACCGAGAGAGUAAAAACAUCUCCAAAGAGAGGCUAAAAGAAGCUCAGCAAACCGUCCAAAAAAUCACUGCGGAGAAGAAAGUGGAGACGAAAAAGAUCAACGCAAACAGCCUAAAAGAGCGACUGCGAAAGAAAGAAGCGGGAGUUUCGUCCAGCUGAGAUGUGGGAGAGGAAGAACAGAAAACACGGAGGAUCAUCUGACGAGCGCUUUCAUCAGAAACACACAGAGGGAGCGUCUGUCAGUGUUUGUGUGAAAAGAGCGUCAGACGGCAGGUAACGCUCACAGCACAGCCAGAAAACACCUUCAGUAGCAGAGAACGUCAUAUUAAAGCUGUUUUAAAGGUCAUUAGGAAACAUCCGUAUCUAAUCAGCAGUGCCUCAUACUCAUCAGACAUGGCCUACGAUAAACCCCGCCCACAUCAACAAACACUACACUCAUUUAUAGUCAGAACUAGUGCUUUUGAACCAUACUAAUGUGUGUAUAUUAUGGUAUUUUAUGGUAACAGAUAAUUAACGUACAUACUGUAGUAUUAACUUAAGUGAACUGAUGAACUGUAAUAAAUAAUAUAUGUAAUAUACUUUCGUUUUUACUACAGUAAACUGUUGUGUAUUGUAGUACAAUAUACCCUAGAGCUGUAGAUAACUACAGUAUUGGGCAUUUAUUUAUAUUACAAUAGCUGUUGUGUUACCAUACCAACUGUAGAAUCACCACAACAGAUCUGUUACUAUAAUUGUAUUGCCAUAGAAACUGUAUAAUCACCACUGCAGACCAAUUACUAUAGUUGUUGUGUUGCCAUAGCAACUGUAGAAUCACCACAACAGAUCAGUUACUAUGGUUGUUGUGUUACCAUAGCAAUUGUGGAAUCACAGCAACAGUUCAGUUACUAUAGUCGUUGUGUUACCAUAGCAACUGUAGAAUCACCACAACAGAUCAAUUACUAUAGCCGUUGUGUUACCAUAGCAACUGUAGAGUCACCACAACAGAUCAAUUAGUAUGGUGGUUGUGUUACCAUAGCAACUGUAGAAUCACCACAACAUAUCAGUUACUAUAGUUGUUGUGUUACCAUAGCAACUGUAGAAUCACAACAACAGAUCAGUUACUAUAGUUGUUGUGUUACCAUAGCAACUAUAAAGUCACCACAACAGAUCAAUUAGUAUAGUUGUUGGGUUACCAUAGUAACUUUGAAAUUCCUUGUGAAAUUUUGUUGUCCGGCGCUGUGAAAAGGGGCGGGAUUAAACAAGAUGAUUGACAUUAAAAAAGUGAGCGAUUGCUCCAUGUUUUAAAUUUCUGUCCAGAGAGGUCAUGUUUUGAUCCUCGAUUGGUCUCACGCAGUCAGUUGAUGUGAUUUCGAAGGUCAGAGUUCACCAAGCUCGAACUUCCCAACGCAGAGAUGUGUGAAACUUGUCGCACAAGCUUGCGUUUCUAGUCUGAGGCAUUCGUAUAAAUGGAAGUCUAUGGGGAGAGAAGUGCAGUGUGACCGCAGCUUUACUGAACUUGUGUUUCCAUAGAAACCACAGAAUCACCACAACUGAUUAAUUCAAGGACUUUACUGUAGUAUGGUUCAGAAGCACUACAGUAUCCACUAUGAAUGACUCUAGCGUUUGUGAUCUGGGUGGUUUUCUGAAACUGUGUUUGUACUUGAACAGGAAGUCGUGUGUCUCGCUUCACUUUUUUUUCUUUUUUUUGCUUUCACUUUUUCCCUUUUGCCAAACUGCUCGAUGUGUGACGCACUUUUACACUCACUAUGCAAAUAUCCUGAUGAAUCUAGAAGGUAUAAAUGAUAUCCAGCCGUGUGUUAUGAGGAGGAAUGAUCCUAUUAUUGAGUGUGUUUGAUGACGUGUGUGUGUGUAAAUGAGUCAGUGGCUUUCCCUAUUUAUUCACAGAAUGAAGAUCAUGUUAAAAACAUGAUGUUGUUUCCCUGGGAAAACAUGUUUUAAAUAAUUGACUGAGCAAAAGUGUUGGAAGCUCAUCGUACAUGGUGUCUUUAAAAUGUUCAACACCUCAAAACUCCUGGAACAUUGCUGAUAUUUUGAUAUUAGGCCCAGUCGUGAUGUUUGUUUUAAACUUAUUAGGUGCAAUAAACUUUUAUGAACGUCUGCCUGUGCGAAAGAGUUAGAAAACUCAAAGGAAAUGUGUCUCCUGAUUUAUUGCAUAUUCAUUUUAUUUUAUUAUUAAAAAUGUUGACAUUUUAAAACA